GAUUCCCAAUCAGUCAAUAAGACAUCAAAAAAAAAGAGAUAAAUGAACAAUCCAUAAUCUUUUUACAAUUCAUAGAAUUUCAUCAUUUUCUUCCUAACUUUUUUUUUUAAUCUCAAAGAGAAAAUCUUGCUUUCUUCAUGACUCAGAAGUUGUGUUGCAUGGUGAUGAGGAUUAACAUAGACUGCAAAGGAUGUUACAUGAAAGUAAGUAGGGCACUUCUCACGAUACCAGAGCUGGAGACAAGAUUCAUAGAGAAAAAUCACAGCAGAGUAAUUGUAUGUGGGAAUUUUAUACCACAAGAUGUGGCAAUAAAAAUAAGAAAGAAGACAAAUAGGAGAGUUGAAAUAUUGGAGAUACAAGAUUUAAGUGGCAAUGAUGAACAAAAGCAAGAGGAAAUGCCCUUAAUAACUUCUUGUGACAACCAAGUUGAGACAGAAACACAUGUAACAUCACAAAAUCCACAACCACACAUGUACUUUCAAGUUUACCGCUAAUCAAAAACAUAAUUGUAUUUUAUAAUGACUUAAUUUCUAGUGCCCAUUGGGUAAAUAGAUCAUUCCAUUUUGUAUAAUUAUUGAUUUAUUGUGGAUGGAAUCGUUGAUAGCGUACUUUUUUAUUUAUUUUUUUGGA